UACAUUCACCUCAAGGAGUGGGGGACUUGAAGAGCGGGGGACUUAGCGCCUCAAAUUUUUUCACGAAGUUUACUCACCAGACGACGACAGAUCAGCACACAUAUCUACUCCCUUUCGCCUCGAGUACUCUCGACUCAGGGAGUGGGGGACUCCUGAUAGAGUAUAUAGUCUCGGACCCCCGGGUCUCACUACUAUUGGGCCUAGAUAGCGGUCCACACACGCUUAUCAAAUGUCUUUUGUAUUAUUGUACUAUUCAUAUACCAUCUGUAUGUACUAUAUUAAUCUUUUAUGUAGUUGGGCUUAUCGGGCCCAUAUUAGCGACCCGACCCAUUAUUUCUCUAUUUAUACUCCUUUUGGAGCUUGUAACUCUAGAACACAACUCAUUCAUACAUUACUAUUCAUCAUCCUCUCUCUACUCCAUAGCUCAAAUCUCUCCUAAUUAUAUAUGUUUGGAUCCUAAUAAUCCAUCACAUACAUACAUACAUCCACUUAUCCCCACACUUGAAACAAAAACCCUUCCCGGUUCUUUCUUGCAACACAGUUUGUGUCAGCCUCUGUCCAUUUCUCCAGGAGUUAUUGAACCCUGGUUGUUCUCCUGCUUCGUAGUCUGUCACAACCUUGGAAGCAGUUGGGUUAUUAGAAUAGGUUCUCCCUAGUGCUCUCCCCCCAGUGCAAGGAUUUAGUCAGAGUUCCUUCUUUCUCCUACCAACCUCUCUUAUCCUCUUCUGUAUGUUUAGCUGUCCUUACUGCAGCAUUUUUGUCUUCGAGUAACAGUGCAUGGUCCAUCAUCUCCGGUAAGGAUCUCGUAGGAUACAAUUUCAGCUCAGCUCUCACUUCCUCCCUCGAUCCAUUCAUGAAGACCCCUUUCAGCAUCUCAGUGUCUGUAUUCUCUUGGCUCCUUAAGGAUUUUGCACCAAGUCCGGUUGAAAUCUUCGAAUAAGUGCUUCCUGAAAAGUUUCCCAGUUCCUAUUAUAAGUUUGGCCCUCCCACCAUUGGAACCAGUUGAGGGCCUUAUCCUCAUCAGGUAUGUCAUUCAAUCUAAAAAAUCUUUCCACUCAUACUAGCCAGCCAUAAGCGCUGUUCCCAUUGAACAUCGGAAGAUCUAUCUUUCUCCCGUUUCGAUGGUGAACUCUGGUCUUCGAAGUUUCAUGGGUAGCAGAAGAUACUUGGGAUGAUCGCGACUCAUCGCGAGUGCGAGAGGUGCUGUGAUUUUCAUCUGGAGUUCGUCGUCGGAAUUUCAGGAACGUCCUCUGGGUCGACCGUGGUUCUGCUGCUGCCUGCAUGUUGUAUAUCCUCUCGUCCAUCUUUUUACUUCGAUCGAUACACAAUUUAGUGUUCAAACCAAAAAACUUAUGAUUCAAUGAAAAACAUUUUUUACUAGGUCGGUAAUCUUUUUCAAUCAAAUCGGGUAGCUGGGAUCUCAAAUCCCAAUUAUCUAUUUUCACACGCAAUACCUUUUUUAAACGUUUCUACAUUGAUCUAUAGUAAAAGCAAACAGUGUCUCACAUGCAUAUCCACACGCAAGAUAUUUUCAGAAUCCUUCCCCUUUUAGAUUAAGAUAGACUACACCUUUUAAUUAGGCAACAACAUUUUUAGAAAGUCAACUUUAUUUUCUAUUGAGACUCACUUUAUUAAAAAAAAAUAAAUAGAAACAUCUAAAUUAGCCUUACUAAAAACUAAAAAGCCAACACCGGAGGGCAGAAGCGUGAAGAAGACUAGAUGCUUUCACACUCCACCACCACCCCCGCCCAAGCCUUAAUUCUUGCUUCCUCUCUACUGGUGUAGACAGGAACAAUCACCGAAUUUAACACCGGCCACAACCCUACCAGACAGAAGGUAAUUAAGGAUACAAUAGGGACCGAUUCCCAUGAGUAGGGAUGCGAUUAUGAAAGUUUCAGCUGCCUAUCAAACCUAGAUUGCAGGGACAAUUCGAUCGAUUCUGAACUUUCCGGCGGUGGUGAAUGCCGACCGGUGUGACUGCGUGAGGGGCAGCAGGGCCUUUAGUGGACUCAUCUUCUCCACCGUCUUCUUCGGUAGAAUUAAUUAUCCAUCGUGUUGGCUUGCCUUCUAUAAAUUUAAUUUCCACCAUGUUGCUUGUUGUUAAUAUAUUGUUGGCCCAAACUAUUUUUGUACACUAUACCCAUUUAUCUGUCUGGCCUGUCAAUAUUUGCCUCUCCCGUUAGAAUUUGAAUUCAGCUCAUUAUUGAGCUAUUGAUGAGUUGUGUGUGCAGUGUAUUAUUUGAGUGUUCUUGUGACCCCCUUCUAAUAAGGUCAAAUUCUUCCAUGUUAUAUACCCUCGCUGCACCCUUGUUUGUUCAGUGCAUGAAACACACACCAGAGACUGGCUGAGUGAGAGUUCUUGAGAGGUCCCCUUCUCCUUCUUGGUGAGGUUGAGAGUGUAACUGUUAGCUCCCUUAGCCUAGGUGUGCACAAGAGACAAUCGAAAAACCGAGCUCCGGACUGCCUGAGCCGGAAUAAGUCGACGGAAUCGAUUUUGCCGGAUUCCGCCAUCUGGAACGCUCUGCCGCCGUACGCCGCCGUCCGCUGCCGUAUGCCAGGCUGGAGCUCGCUGCAGGUCCCUGAAGUUGCCUGGUCGUUCGCACGAGCUCACUGGUCUUCCACCGUGGUCCCUGCUUGUUGAAAUCGAGCUCACCGGAAGCUGAAGCCUCCACCCCUGGAAGUUCAGCCGUCUCCUGGAAGCUCGCCGCCGCAGGGAGUUGCUCACCGAUUUGUUCGUCGCUGGAGCAGCCUACCGUCGUCAUUGCAGGCUACCGUUGCCGCAAAGCUGGAUCUGGUUGUUGGCCUGGACCUGCGCAAAUCGCUAGACGUUGCCAAACUCAUCGGAAGUUGAAGCCCCGCCAUUGCUCUCCGGAAUUCGACGCUGGAGCCGCGGGUCAUCAAUUGCGAAGGUCACCUGCGAUUUUUCUGGUUCGCAGAAAGGCUGUAGCCGCAGGGACGAAGAGUACUGCUUCCCUGUUUCUUGCUGAAGAAGAAGACUUGACCUGCGUAAAUAGCUGGAGCGAAGCUUGACAUACGAGCUGGGCUGGACCUGGAGGCUUGACACACCUUGACGGGUUGCUGGAACUGGGCUAUUGGGUGGCUUGGCUGCUCAAUUGCUGGAGUUGGCAGGAAGCUUUGGACUGGACCUACAAGCAGGAGCUGGACCUGGAGCUCCUGGAUCUGCUGGAAGAGCUGCUGGACCUGGAGAGCAUCUGGACCUGGUCUGGUAUUUUUUGGAGUGUUGGAGCUGCUGGGUUGCUGUUGGACUACUGGGCUGAAGCUACUGUUGGGCUGCUGGAGCAGCUGGACCGCUGGUCAACGCUGGUCAACUGCUGGUCAACGCAGGUCAAAGUCAGUCAACAGUCUGAAAAUCCCAUAUUUUUUAAAAUUUGGGUAGGUAAGGUCGAAACCCUCUCCUAGGGUUUCGCUAAGGUAAAUUGGGGAUAAACACCCUAGGUGCACCGGGUGGCUCCGGAUUUAAUUUAUUCCCCCUUCCCGCGGGCCGCCGAUAGAUUGUAUCUCGGCCGCCAACCCCCCAGGUGCGUUUGCUAAACCCUCUCCUUUGUGGCAGACUAUUUGAUUUGAUUAAAUUGAAUUGCUAAGUGUUGUUAAUUUCAAUUCUUGUGCGUAGGGGUGGUUUAUUGUGUAGAAAUCAUGUUUUAGGUUUAUUACUGCUUUUUAAAUUGAUUGAAUUGUUGUGUUGUUUGUGCUGAAAAUUUAUUAUUUAUUUGUGCUUAUACGGAAGAACAAGGGGUUUGAAAUUUGAGUUUGGUGCUCAUUAAUACUCUCCGUGUGUUCAUGCUAGUUGCUUCGUAUAUUUGUAGCCUAAAAAAUAUUUAAAUUGUUUUUCAGCAAAAUUUACAUUUUCUUUUGUUGUUUGUUUUUCUUUGUGAAAAUGUCUGCUUAUAGUCAGUAUGGUAUGGCUCCAUUUAAUGGAAAAUCUGAUUUUAUCAUUUGGAAGCAAAAAAUUAAAUGUAUUUUAAUCCAACAAAAAUGUUUUAAAGCAGUUGGCGAAACUUAUUUGAUUUCUGACACAGAAGAUAAAAGGGCUGAAAUGAAUGAAAAUGCUUGUUCUGUGAUUUAUUUGAACUUAUCUGAUUCUGUGAUUAGAAAAGUUGGAAUUUUAGAGAGUGCUAAAAUUCUGUGGAAUAAAUUAGAUGAACUGUAUACUGAAACCUCUCUGCCUAGUCGGAUGUUUUUACUUGAGAAGUUCUUCCAAUUUAGACUAGAUAUGUCUAAGGAUAUUGAGGAAAAUCUAGAUGAUUAUUCCCCUAUUGCUCUUUUAAAUGCUAUUCCUGAUUCCUUUGGUGAUGUGAAAUCUGCUAUUAAGUAUGGUAGAGAUAAUGUGACUCUUGACAUUGUGGUUAAUGGUCUUAAGAGUAAGGAAUUAGAUUUAAAACAGAUGGGUGAGGGUAGAAAAUUCGAGGAGGUUAUGCAUGUGAGGGGUAGAGAAAAUAAUAGACGACAUAGAUCUAAGUCUAGGUCUAAUUCGAGACGUUGCUAUUAUUGUCAUGAAUCUGGUCAUUUCAUAAGAGACUGUCUUAAAUCUAGGGAAAAUAAGCACAACGAGCAUGCUAAUUUGACUACUUGUGAAGAUAAUUUAGGUGAUGUUUUUAUGAUGAGAAAUCUAUGUGAUUAUGACUAUUUGAGUUCUCUUAUAUCUGAUUCUUUGGAAAAAUCAGAUUGGGUGGUAGAUUCUGGUUGUGCUUUUCAUAUGUUCCCUUUGAAAAAUGUUUUUUCAGGGGCAUUUUUUACCAAACACAAAAAAGUCUUAUUUUAGGAAUUUUCAAACUUCUACUCCUAUUUGUGAUUUUUAGCCAUGUUUUACUCCUAUUUAGAUAAUUCACUCUAUAUAUAAAGGGGUUGAGAUCCGGUAAAAACACCUUAAAUGAGAAAUAGGAAGGGAUCCUCUACGCAGAUUGGGCGUACAUUGGAUGGAAUCGUAUGACAAUAAUGAAAAGAUUUUGGGUGAUACAGUGCGCUAAAUCUUAAAUUUUUUCCCUGGAAUAGUCUCACCUUAAGAAAUGCAUUAUUAUAGAGGGUAUAAGAGUCUUUCUGAUUUCUUACCAAAAUUAAAAUAAAAUGAUUACUAUGCGAUAAUCGCUAUUGCACCGAUAAUCGCGCUCCCAUUAAUUUUAACCGGCUAAAGUAGGAAAGCGCAGAGUUUUUCAUUACUCUCAUCACUUUCCAAGAACGAAGUGCAGAAGGGGAGUCCGAAAAAGGAAUCACAGGGUAAAAAAAUGGCAUCGGUUCAAGAAGAAAAUAAAUUUUCAAUGAAACUAUAUCAGUGUUAUGUAUUACAUUGUAAUACAGUGUUCAGUGAAAUUGUAGAUUUUCCACUAAACAAUAUUAUCACUGUGUCAGAAACUAGAAAAAGACUAAUUCUAGACAAAGCUUCGCCAGAAACUAGAAAUGGACUAGUUCCAGGUGUGAUUGUGAUAAUUUUACUAGUACAGUACAAUUACAAUAAUUGUACCGAUAUAGAUUUUAGACUUGCCACUGCGCAAUACUCUCACCGUGCCAAAAAUUAGAAAAGGACUAGUUCUAGACAAAACUUUUGCGAGAAACUAGAAAUGGACUAGUUUAGACGAGUUUGUGAUUAUUUUAACAGUAUAGUGCAAUCAUAAUAUAUGUACCGAUAAAAAUUUUAGACUUGCUAUAAAGUAAUAUUGUCAUCGUGCCAUAAACUACAAAAAGACCAGUUGUAGACAUUUUUUUUUUGCCAGAAACUAGAAAUGGACUAGGUCUAGGCGAGCUUGUGAUAAUAUUAAGAGUAUAGUCCAAUUAUAGUGCAUGUUUUCUCUAUGGAAUAAUUAUAAUACAUAUUAAGAAUUGAAUUAUAUUAUAGUGUUAUUUGAGAAUAAAUAAUGAUAACUAAAUUAAAUUGUUCAACUAUUAAGAUGAGUUACAUUUUAAUACUCCCUCGGUAUUUUUUUGUUUGCUACAAUAGGUGUUGGCACAUUUUUAAGAGUGAAAUAGUAGAGGUAAUGAAUAGUAUAGAAAAAGUAGGAGAGAUGUGGAAAAAUAUGAAAGUGAAGAUAAAAAGUAGAAAAGUAAGAGUAGUUGAAUAUUUUUAAAGGAAAAACUUACCAAAGAGAGAAAGUGUAUCAAUUUUUUUAAUACAUCCAAAAAAGGAAAGUUUAGCAAACAAAAAAUAUGGAGGGAGUAUAAAGUUCUACUAAAUAUUCAGAUAGACAUAAUAAAAUCAGUAAAAAAAUGUAGAAUUUCUAACCUCAAUUAGAAGAACACGAAAAUAUAGA